UCAAAAAAUGGGGAAGAGUGUUCACUGGGUGCUGUUUAGUUUUGAAUUGUUGGGGAUCCUGAUGUUGAAUUCUGUGACUUUAGCAGUGAUAGCUAACUAUGUGACACACUGUGAAAUGGUUCUAUUUUAUAUACGAGGACUAGCGCUGAGAUUGCACGAAAAAUCUACCGAGUUGAAGGCAGCAAUGAAGGACAUUCUUUUCAUCAAACAAAAUGUUGGUUUACUAAAUGGUCCUGUUGCAAGAAUGACGGCUCUAAUAUCAGUCAUUUUUGCAGAGUUGACAAUCAUAGGGGUCUGUAUUCUUGUGUUGAACAAAAAUGAUUCCAUAAAAGUCUGGGUCUACAGGAGUUGUUUCCCUUUGGUGUGGCUUUUCAUUCUUAUUGGUCCAUUGUAUCAGGCAGCUCGGGUAAAUUCAGUGUCCAUGAGAAUGAAGAAGAUAGCUUUAGAGAUGAGAGUGUUUGGAUACAAGAAUUCCUCACAGUUAGAGCUGGAUUCUUUCAUUUUAUUUGUCAGCCAAGCAAGGAUGAAGGCGAAGCUUUUCCAUAUACCCAUUCUUCCACAGUAUCUUAUAGCUAUUCUGGUAUUAGGGGCUUUUAUUCUACUUAUCCUAUUCCAAACCAGUGUGAUCGGCCCUGUCAACUACUGGUUCUAAUUAAUGACCUA